AUGUCACGCGUGCAGCGUCGCUGGCGGGGGCCGUUUGUAAUCGCGAGUAGUCGCGACGAGCGAGACCAAGACGUCCUGCACGAGCACGCCGAGGGGCAAGUACUUACUCGCAAGUGCUACGUCGCGGCAGAACGUGGGCGCUCGCUCAUGCGAGGAGAGGCCACAGAGGCCACAGAGGCCACAAAGGCCACAGAGGCCACAGAGGCCACAGAGGCCACAGAGGCCACAGAGGCCACAAAGGCCACAGAGGCCACAGAGGCCACAGAGGCCACAGAGGCCACAGAGGCCACAGAGGCCAGACAGGCCAGUUGGCUCAUGCAUCGACACCGUCGCGCGAGCACGCCCGCCCGCAAUGGCAGAUCCUUUCCACACUGCGAUGCCAUUUCACAUAAUGGACCAAGACGGGCGACGGCGGAGGAACCAUCCUCCACUCUUCCUAGCCUGCGCCGUACUUGCGCAUCCUCCUCCCUCCCCCCCACCCACACCUCCCUGUUCAGCGACCGCCUUGGCGCUGGUCCGCACGACACCGGAGCUCAGCCUUCCCGAAUUUCAGCUUUUCACCUCGACGAGGCCGAAACAUCGACGGAGCACUUGACCGCAUCGCGCAACCACCAUCGCCUUCCACCACCCAUCGACACCCAGAUACCUCGCGGCGAGCAUCACACAACCACACGUCAUGCAUCGCGCACCAUGAAAAGCGCCAUUGCCCUCCUCGCCCUCCCCGCCCUCGGCGCGGCGGCGGCCGUCUCGUGGCGUCCCAAGCUGUUCGAUCCGAUCGAGGGUGUUUGCACUUUUGGCGGGAGCCAAGGGGCCGAUGGCCAGAUGAAAAUCUUUGAAUUUAUCCGUUGCAUGGAAGCCUGUGCCGUGUCCGUCACCGCCGCCGACUCCUGCGUUGGUUGCGAUGAAUGCCUUACUCAGUACGGGUUGACGAAGCUGUCGUCGAGGCAGAGGGAUAACACGCCGAUAACGCCCAAUAACCGACCGGCGAAGCCCUACUCGACCAAGACAUAUUCAUCACCAAAUGCCGCCGUGCAAUCAUCAGGAGCCGAGCCGGUCGUGCCGGCAGAGCAAGGCAAUGCGGUUGCCGCACCGGAUCUGUCGGGAAAUUGGAUAUGA